AUGGCCCAACACUUCCCACUUAUCGGCCCCUCUGCCAGUGACUUCUGCAACGAACUCUCGUUCCCACGUGCGCCUCACAUCUCCCCUCCGCUGCGGCCCCUUGCCGGCGACGACCCACCGGAGAUGGGCGCCGCCGGGAAGCCUCCUCCCCUCGUAUGCUUCAAAUGGCCAUGGAGCCCUAACCCUAAUCCUAGCCCAUCGCCGAGCCCCAGCCCCAGCCCCUGCGGCGACCUCGAGCUCCCCUGGCUCUUCAAGUCCAUCCGCACCCUCUCGCAGGGCCUCCUCAUCGCGGGCGACCUCCCCUCUCCCGCCUCUUCUGCCGGCGGAGGAUUAUGGGGGCAUCAGAGGCGCACGGGUGCCGCGGUGGUGGAGGCGGACCGCGGGGACGCGGAGCAGCGGGCCCUGGCGGCGGCGCUCGCGAGCGGGAGUCCCGCCACCGUGCUGGAGUUCUACUUGCCGCGCUGCCGCCUGUGCGCCUCUCUGCGGGACCUCGUGCGCGAGCUCGAGGAUGGUGCUAGCGGUUCCGCCAGUUUCGUGCUCGCUGAUGCCGAGGACGACCGAUGGCUCCCCGAGCUUCUGCAUUAUGAUGUCAGAUACGUCCCUUGCUUUGUGCUCCUGGACAAGCACGGCAGAGCUCUAGCGAAGACUGGAGUACCAACCAGCCGGCAGCAUGUUAUCGCCGGUCUUCAUCACCUCCUGAAGAUGCAGCAGCCAUCCGGACUGGAAGGAAACCAGAGUGCGCCUCCAUCAUGA